UGCUGUUUCAUUUUGUUCUUUUCAUCAGUGAAUUCAAAACAGGACGAACACGAGAAAAUAGACUAGUUAGUGCGAUCCCUGUUUAUUGAAGAACGAUGGCAGAAUCAAUAUACACUGAAGGCUGGCUUAUUAGAUCGAGAGAUCGUGGCAUGCACUUUCCGCCGUUCAAGUCCAAGUGGGUACGACGCUAUUUCGUUCUGAGAGUUCUCGACAGAACUUUGGGAACAUAUGUUCUUGACGAAUUCCGCAAAGAGGACAAGCGAAGAUUGCGGAAAUCAUUAGAUUUAACGCGUUGUGUGCAGAUUGACUCCCACCUGCAGUUAGCAGACUCUUCCUGUUCAACGACAUCCAGAUUUGGAGGUUUUCAGUGGAUAUUCUCUCUUUAUUUCACAAAAGGAACUUCCUCAAAGAAAACACCUAUGUAUUUUGUCUCCGAGUCGGAAGAGAAGAUGAAGGACUGGGUAUAUAACCUCUGCCGUGCCUGUCGUCUGGAGAAAGAAAGCGACGACGAUAGUUCUUACUUGCAGCAACCUUUGCCGAAUUCUUACUUGCAGCAACCUCUGCCUAGCGCUGAAGUUCCUUCUCAUCGAUCGACCCUGCCUUCUUCGAUAGCAGGAUUAUCUAUUUAUUCCGAUAGAUCGUCUGAAAGUAUGCUAGAUACUCCAAGAAGUGAAGUCAGCCGCGACUUCGAGAGAUUGAAGCGGCCAACCUCCCGCACCAGGAGCAUGCGAAAUCAUCACAGCAGUUUGCGAUAUCCUCCCGCAACUAGGAAGAGUAGCUUGCAACGGAGACAUCGUAGAACAGAUUCGAUUGAUGCUCCUCGUGCUUCUUCGUCAGCGUCGGCAUGCUCUUCGGUAACAUCGGAUCAUCAUAGUGAAGAAGGCGAUGAUGAUUCCACCAGUUGUAUUUCUCAGCUUAGCAAUCUGUCAUGUGGUCCUCCCGUUCCUCCGAGAAGUCGUAUUGGUCAUCAGUACUCCUCUGCAUCAUCAUCCACUGGGGUUCCUGUGAGAAGAUAUGAUCCUCUAUCUCAUACGGUAUCUCCGACUGCGCACAGCAUAAUCGACGAGGCUGUUGACAAUGACAGCAGUGGCGAAACUAUCAAAAUGCACGGAAUGGCAUCCUAUGCAAACACCUCCACGGAACUUGGAUUCGAUGCAUUGUCGACGUUCCAGCCACCCGUUGUGGAUCGAUCCAACAAACCGGCGAAGUUGAGAUUAUACGACUACGAAGAUGAAAAAGUUCCUGAAGAAAUGACAAUACACGGCUAUAACAAGUCUGGUACGAACUUCACGAGAUUGCCGCGAACGCAGCAAGUGAAGUAUUCGUCUCGAAGGGAUGUACGCGAUCCUCCUAGGUCUGCUGGUCCGCUUGGAAGAACUCGCGAACUUGAUUAUUUCAAUCCUGUAUCGCUGGAUAGAGCGAAUUCUGUACGCAGUCCCGCUUCGACGGAUAUCGAGUACAUCAAAAUUGAUGCAGAGAAAACUCAGGCCGUGAAGCAGUCGAUUGCUCAGCGAACGACCGUUGACUGACCAGUGGAGGAGACAAAUGACAUUGCAGUACUCAUGUAAGGUUCAAGAAGUAGAAAAUCUUGCGCCCAUCAAGCAUUUUGUGCAAACAGGUAGAGGCAAUCAAAUCGCCUCCUGUCCACUUUAGAUUCACGUUCGCAAACGCUUGCUAAUACGUCGAGUACAGACUUCAUUUCAAGAACGGGUUUCUUUCCAUGAUAUUUUAUAGUGCAGCAAACAUGGAAAGCUGUUCAUUCCUACUUAAGAUUUAUCUAUUUUUUACUUUUAUUUUUUGCUCAGGCAGUCCAAGCCAUUAAGUCGCUGCAGAUGUGUAUUUUCUCGAACACUUGGUGUUACAUCCAACAUCUAUAAUAGAUUGCCGCACGGUUUGUUUGGUUCAUAUCAUGGCAUGAAUGUAACAUACAGAGUUUAAUUGCUUAUAUGAUUGUAACAAAUCUAUUAAAUUCGUCAUUUUCUAUCGUCAGCACGUGCAUUGUGCUGCUUGUGCCAGGCUAUCGACUGAUCUGAUACGAACAGUCAUCCAUUCCUACUUAUUCGUAGCUUUUUUCUUGCUGCUGCCUUUCAAAAUCGAUGUGAUUUUGUAAUCUGCAUUGCUAGGAAAGCAUGUUCUUGCAGAAAUUGUCAUUUGUAUUUUUGUUCUUUUCUAGUUUAAAGAGAUUUUUAUAUAUUACUACAUACAUGCUCAUUAUUAGGUCUUUAUCAUAUCUCAUACAUCGAGCUUCUCUUUGUUCUGCAUUAACUUGGGAUUGUCUCUCUUUUCCAUCCUUUCAAAACAUAUCGUUCAAGUGACUUGUGCAUGUAAAAUUCGUGAUAAUUGCCCCCACUGUGAUCGGUUAAUUUUAAUGAAGC